ACUGAACGCCCAGACCUGAUGCAGCAGAUGUUGGAUGCUCAUUUCGCUGCCGACAGAGUCCACGACCUGGAGCACCAGGAGCUGAAGCUGACAUCCUCCAACACCAGCACCCUCAAGUCGAUGACAAACGAGGAGAUCGUCUCUCACGCCCUGCUGUUUCUGUUGGCCGGCUACGAGACCACGAGCACCACCUUGUCCUACCUGUUCUUUGAGCUGUCCCAGAACCCGCAAGUCCAGCAGCGACUUAGACACGAGGUGAUGAAUGUCCUUCCACGAGGAUACCACACAAUCGGUUAUGACGACCUCAAGAAGUUGACUUAUUUAGAUUACGUCAUUUGGGAAACUCUUAGGAAAUACCCUCUGGCCAGCACAGUGACAGCUCGGAGAUGCAUGGAGGACUGCACCGUUGGCGGACUGAGGAUCCCAGCGGGCAUGUUGGUGCAUGCCAAUUUAUGGGAUAUUCAUUACGAUUCCAAACACUGGGGUCAUGACCCUCACCAGUUCGACCCGCUCAGAUUCAUGCCAGAGAAACGAAGGACCAGACACCCCAGCUCCUGGAUGCCGUUUGGAAGUGGGCCAAGGUCAUGCGCCGGCCUGAGGUUCGCCCUGCUACAGCUGAAGAUGGUGGUGGCUAAAGUGCUGCGGGACUUCGACUUCCAUCCUUCCGGUUGUGAAACGCUGUCCCUCAAGGAAGGGGCCACUAUCCUGCCCGCUGAUGGCGUUAGACUGGCCACAUUCAGGCGGAGCUCUGCCAUGUCAGAGGCUGGACUCAGGAGAGGGUCUUUCUUGACCGGGAUCCCUUUGUCUGAGUGGACAAGUAUGAGAAGAGGGUCGAAGAACACUGCUGAAGACAUAUUUAUGACCUGUGGGCACUCGGAAGAAAUCAGUGUCAGCUCCAGCAGAAGAGAGUCACUCGUUGAGAAGAUUGACAAUCAUCAGCACCGACCUGACGUCCACAGUAGAGGCAACACUUCUCGCAGAAAUUCCAUCCUAGAAGACGAGCUCAUGAACGAGGGCAUUGACAUGAUGCGUAGGUCGUCCAUUAACAAAGGACGUGAGAUCAUCUCCCAGGGAUAUAUCCAUAAAGGCAUUCCUUUGCUUCGUAAAACGUCCAUUACCGAGGACCAGAAUCCGUUGAAAGAAACACCUGUCGAUAAUUCGUUCAAAGCAAAUCUAUUGAAACCGGCCUUCACCUUGGCUGAGAAUGACAUUGAUGUCAAGAUGGGAGUUUGCAACAUGCCUGAAGACAUCCUGGGAGACCUGCCUGGGCUAAUGUCCUGUCAUGUUUUACGUCGAGGUUCUGCGAUCCCAGAACUCCAGUCUGUCGGAGAGGAAACAGCCACCAUCGAGGUCCUCGGUACCAGGAGAUACAUUGCCGGCUACACAUCUGACAUACUUGACGAGCACGGGGUCAAGGAGACGACCAAGUUCAAGGGCAGACUGUACCAACGGCGUGGCUCCGGUUAG